AUGUCCCACCGUGCCGAAGGAAGCGGGGAUCAGCCCUCGGAAAUACCUCUGGCCGGCCGGCUGGCCCUCUCCGCCGCAGCUUUGCUCUUGCUGAUGUUGGCAUACCGGUAUUUCAAGUCUCGCGUGCCCCCUGGCAGCACCCCAGCCGGGGCUGCUGAUGCCAACGUCGCCGGGGCAGAGCAAAGGGAAUGGCAGGUUGGCAGCCAGGUGACAAACAAGCCAGCGGCCCUGAGGCACAGAGGAGGCCGGGGCAAGGAGACGGAGCCAUGCCACCCAGGGACCAAUCAGCUGACGCAGGUGGGUAGAUGCGGCGGAGUCGUAGCGGAAGAGUGUGGGCAGGCACGGAUCCCUGCUGGCAGAGGUCUGCCUGGCAGAGAAACUGAGGCAGAAGAGGACCAAGAGGCAGGGGAAGUGAGCCAUGCAGAAUCUGGGGUGGAGCACGGGUGGAGGUCAGAGGACACCAUCCAGAGCUGCACUAGCAAAGCUGGGGCCGAUUCGGACAAUUUCGGAGGUCAUUCCAGAGCAGUAGGUCUACUCAACCGAGAGAGGGAGGCCGACGGGAGUGACAUCGGUUUGAAAAGAGGAAAUCCUCCACAACUGGGGAAAGAGGCCAAAGCUCUCCAUGUUGUGGAGAGGCCGUUGGGCCGAGAGAAGAUCCGGUCCUUCUAUGCCACCAGUGAUACGGGCUUGGCCAUCAACCACAACCAUGUGCAAUCUCAGGUGGCCUAUGCCUUCUCCUCGGUGGCCAAGGUGGAGGUGGAGGAGAACUUCAUCAAAGAGAAGCAAGGUUCUGGGAAAGCUGAAGAUGCCCAACUCAGAGGCAAAGUCUAUAACUACUAUGUCCAGUCCGCUUCUCAAUCUGUCACUAAUAAAACCACCUUUACUACCAACUCGGAUCUCCAACGAUCCUGCAAUCUCUCUACUAGCAACAUACUUAACGUAUCCAAGAAAUGUGGGGCUGAGGAACCUGUCCACUCAUCCGUGACCAACAAUGACGUUAACAAGCUUGUUUUGGAGAAGGCUCCAGCCCCAUCCUCUAAUGUUCUCCUCAGUCCUGCAAAAGACACCCAACCUAAAGACCAAAGAGAAGCAGUUGUGGUUGAAGAAGCCAUCUCCUCGAAACCUCCGUUGGCUAGAUAUAGCUUCAUCCGGAAAGACAGCUUCCAAAGAAUUGUAGAUAAUCCAGGCUUACAGAUGCCGAUGGAAGGUUUUGGUUCUCCAGCAAUGGGACCUUCAGCUGUCCUCCCCUCAUCUCCAGCUCCUCUUUGCUUGGAUUCUACUUCAUCUCUGGUGAGAUCCAUGCAAGAUCUCCCCAGCAGUGGAAGAGAAGAGCCAUUGGUGGAGCUUGUGGCUGGUGCUAAAUUUUUCCACGUCCCAAUGAGCUCCGAAUCCUCUCUGGAUGUGCACUUAGAUCUGGGGAACUGCUACCAGGUCUUGUGCAUGGCCAAGAAGCAGAAGCUUAAGGAUCUGCAAGAGGCGGCCUACAAGGUCAUGAGUGACAACUAUCUCCAAGUGCUGAAGACCCAGGGCAUCUACCGCCAGCUCAAUGCUGCAGAGAGGGACUUGAUCCUAGAGAAGAGGAUGCGAGGCAAGAAAUAUUUGACCGUGGCAGAUAUUGGUUGCCACCCCAGUGGACUUUCUUACUACGAUGAUCAGAAGGACGCUUGGCAUCCCUUAACCCACAUCCCUGUGGAAGCCAUCUCCAGGGGUUGUGCCAUCUGCAGCAUGUUCAACUACCUCUUUGUCGUAGCUGGCUGUGAAGGGCGUGGAAGAUAUCAGAAACCAUCCAACCGUGUCUUCUGCUACAACCCCGUGACCAACAUCUGGCAGGAGAUCUGCCCACUCAACCAAGCCAGACCCCACUGCAAGCUGGUGGCCCUGGAUGGCUGCCUCUACGCCAUUGGUGGAGAAUGCCUCUACACCGUGGAGCGGUACGACCCACGCUUGGAUCGAUGGGCCUUUGCUGCUCCUCUACCCAACGACACCUUCGCGGUGGCCCACACCGCCACCGUCUGCGACGGGGAGAUCUACGUGACGGGGGGCACCUUGAGAUACAUGCUGCUGAGGUACGUCGGGCGGACGGACACCUGGAAAGUCCGCCUCACCGGAGGCAGUCAGGACAGGACCACCGAGAUGGUGACCGUCAACGGCUUCAUCUACCGCUUUGACCUCAAUCAGAGGAUGGGCAUCAGUGUCUACCGCUGCAGUGCCAGGGCCAAGCUGUGGUAUGAGUGCGCCACCCACCCCAUGCCCUUCCCGCCUUGCUUCCAGUGCGCUGUGGUUGGAAAUCUUGUCUACUGCGUCAGUCGGCAGUUCAACCUCCGCUUCCUGGCUGACUUGGUGUUUCCACGGUUUGGGCUCAAAGAGCUGAAAAAUUUCCCUUCCCCAAGAGGAACUCUCAUCCCAGUUACUCUCAUCUUGCCCGAGGGGGACAAAGCACCCCAAACAAGGGUUUGAGGGGCCUGCACAAGCCGCCUUUGGAACAACAAGGCAAACCUACUUUCAAGGACGAUGAUCUCCUCUCAGAGAGCCAC